AUGACUAGUGAAGGGUCAGUCAUGGUCGUUGUGGUGCCAUUCCCAGCACAAAGUCAUCUCAACCAGCUUCUCUAUCUCUCUCGCCUCAUCUCCGCGCACAACAUCCCCGUCCACUAUGUUGGCGCCACUGUCCACAAUCUCCAAGCCAAGGCUCGCGUCCACGGUUGGGAUCCAUUGGAACUUGCCAACCUCCAUUUCCAUGACUUCGACAUUCCCCCUAUUCCUUCUCCUAUGCCUGAUCCCAUGGCGGAGACUAAGUUCCCUACCCACCUCAUCCCUUCGUUUCAGACUGUGACGGUCCAUCUUCGUGCCCCUCUCACCCAUCUCUUACGUUCGCUCUCUUUCUAUGCAAGAAGAAUCAUUGUCAUUCAUGAUUCUCUAAUGGCAUGUACGGUUGAAGAUAUUAACUUCAUACCGAAUGUCGAGUCUUAUAAUUUUCAUAGUGUCUCAGCAUUUACCGUUUGCCAUCUUGAAACAAAACAAACGAACAAAAAUAAAAACACCAUUAUUAAGGAUAUGAAUGUUCCAUCUUUUGAUGGAUGCUUCACUCCGGAGUUUUUGGAGUUUAUGGAAAUGCAAUAUGGAGCCCCAAUGAAGUAUUGUGGGAAUCUCUACAACACUUGUAAGGUCAUUGAAGAGCCAUAUUUGGAGAUUCUUCAAAGCAUCAACCAUGAGACUAGGCAUUGGGCCAUUGGUCCCAUUAAUCCUAUGGAAUUGGGUUCGCCAAGGCACAGUCACCCUUGCUUGGAGUGGUUGGACCAACAAGAGACUGACUCAGUGGUCUAUGUGUCCUUUGGGACGACCACGACCUUGGAAGACGAGCAAAUUACUGAAAUAGCAGGUAUGUUGUGUUGA